AUGGAGAGCCAAAACAAUCGGAACACCAGCCCAAACAGGGGCAUGGCCGCUGAGGCCCAGGUUGAACGUGAGAAGGCACCCUAUCAACUCGACACUCUCUCGUCUGCUCCGCUCGAAACCUGGGACUUUCCUGGUGAACAGAGCUUGCAAGACGUGGACGAAGCAACGACUGUGGCUAAUCACCCUUUAACAGAGAAAGCACCGAGAGUUACACUGUCAAGGCCCGAAGGAGGUCCGGGGUUUGUCGAAAUAAGUGGCGAUGUUGGCGGUCCCGGUACGAACGAGACACGAGUCGAUGUCAUUGUUGUCCCUUGCCCAGGUGCUGAUCCGUUGCAAACCUGGACCUAUGAUCCUGCGCUGGAAAGCGACACCAGCAGUAUACCUGGUGAUCAUGGAUCUAAGGCCUCCUUCCGGAUUCCCACCCCCUGGGUUACCAAAGACUUGCGGAGCCACGUCAACACUGCGCGAGUGUGUGUCUACACUCAUGGUAAACUCAAGGAGGGCAUGACACUGGAAAGCUUGGCCGAAGACUUGUUACGCCAGGUCACCAGCCUGCGUGCUGAAAGCUCGUCUCGUCCUAUCUUCUUCAUAGCCCACAGCAUUGGUGGAUUGGUUGUCAAGAAUGCCCUCGUCCGCGCCAGUCAGUCUAAGAGGUACCUCGAAAUAAUGGAAUUUUGCCAUGGAGUUGCCUUCUUUGGCACGCCCCAUCGGGGGUCAAGCUAUAUGUCUAUGCCAAACCUGAAGGAGAGCAUUCAGGAUCUUCUCAACUUGGAGUCAGCCCUACCCGCGUCUCUCGCGCAGCAAAUCCGGGUCAAUAAUGCCGGCCUGAUUGAUUUGCAUGACCGAUUCGUUGACCUAGCUAGUGAGCUUCGGCUAUGGUCCUUCUACGAAACUCAGGAGUCUCAGCUUUCGGGCUCCGGAGCCGGCUUUGAUGAAGUCCAAUUCGGCGCACCUCUUGUGUCAGUCAAAUCAGCAAUGCUCCAGAUCUGGCAGGAGGACGUCUAUGCUGUUGAGAGCGACCACGCUCGACUGGCUACCUUUGGGCCUGCGAAUCGCGGAAUCCUAGAAUCCUACCUAGAAGAUUUUGCCGAUGCAGUGAAUAAGGCAGCAGAGCUUAGCUAUGCCCAUCCUCAUCAUCCCCUGCACUUGAGAGACCUCGUCAACGUUGAGAUCACCGGUUUUUAUGAAGACCCGGAUGCCCCCACGACGCUUCCACGGUAUUCCUCGCCACACCCUGGUUCAGAGUCUGUCUCCUUUCUUCGUCUUUACACAACCAAAUCGCCAUAUAGAAACUUUUUGAAACUGGGACCAGAGCGAUGCUUACAAGAUCGCCUCCACAAGACUGUUAAACGCAGCCGGAGUCGAGAGCGUCUGGCCGACAGGUCAGAACAGGAUCAGCCCUCGAAAAAGCUUAUCAAGGAAGGUAGCGGCCUAGGAAUCUCAGCUGCUCUGGUUGGUCUCUCGCAUGGUGCUGCCACUCUGCACGUUCCUGGCUCUGAUGAAGGCUUGCCUUUCGGGAGGAGGCCCUCUGACGCACAUAUGCGUCCCCCAAGCCCAGAUAGCAUAGCAAGUGUUAGCAGCACUGUAUCUAACACAGGAAUGCGGCUUGCGACUGAUUUCCCUGAUGUGGGCUCGAGUGGCUUCAGUGCAUUUCUCACAGAUAAGCAACGUGCUGAAAUACUGGUCAAAGAACAUGAUAUGGGCAUUGCCGGCUUCUCUCGGCCAGAUCCUUCACGGAGAAAGUUUAUGUGGAUCCAUCUUCCGUUCAAUAAUCCUGCCUGGGUGAAGGAGAUGUUCAGUACUCUGGAGAAGCACAUGGGACAUGAUUCCUCGAGGAUCUUCGAUUAUGAGAAUUGGGAAGCCCGUCUGGUUCAGAAUCGUCAUUCGGAAUCACAACCAGCUUUCCUGAAAGCUACAUGCAAGGUCCUCUCGCCAACAGACCGCGCGGCUUCCCCCCGGGUUUCUGGUACUCAAACCGGUCCCAUGAUUCAAGGAAACACUCCAACCUAUUUUUUUGUCUACCUCCCUUACCUUCACUUCGACACAUAUCGCAGCAUGGUUAGGCGUCGGAAGCUAAUCCGUGAGCGCUACCGUCGCGGAAGGGCAAAGCCUGUUCCACAGGAGCUUGCCGAGCACGGCUCCCUUGAGCUGAAGAUGAUCUGGGAGUACAUUGGCUACGAUCCGCCGGUCAAUUGCCGCCGGACGCUUGACCAGUUUGGCCAUUCCUCGCUCCGCGAUACGGAAGCUCGCGAUGACGAUCAGAUGUUGUAUAAGCUUACCAGGAAGGAUCCGGAGCCUAUAGACCUAGAAAAUACCAAGUCUGCAAGCAACCCGUCCACCGAUACGCUCAGGAAUAAGAAGUCCGUCGAAUCGGGCCUUCAUUCUCAGUACAUGGGCAGUCGCAGUAAACUCAUGUCAAGGAUGGAGUUCGAUAUUGAACCGGAGGAUGAUCUGAAGGAUGGCCUUGUCCUCAUGGUGGACCAGCUGUGGUUGUGGUCCAUCGACACUACUGGCACUCCGGAAACCCUCAUGACUUUCUUCCCGCGCCGGGAGUCAUCUCCUACUGAGGGGACGCUCUUCCAGCAAGCCGACCUCCGAAACAGCGUUUACAAUGAGCUUAACGGUGAUCUUACGGGGCGCACCGAGAAUGCUCUAGAUCUGGCUGCUCUGAUCGUGUUCCACGCCGUCACGGUCCUCCUCGAUCGAUCGUCGCAUCCUGAUUUGGAAAUCUUCCGCCUGUUUGAUGAGGCUAUCGGCAUGUUGUCAGAGAGGAUGACCGUCUACAUGAAGCGAUUCCGGAUGCACGCUCUUGAAGUCGAUGACGGCGAUGUGAACGAGGAAGAUGACUUCGACGACUCAGACAGCGAAGGCGAAAGUCCAUCAGCUAUUAAGAAACGGCACCGGCGUGAGCUCGAAAGGUCUGAACGUGAAAACAGAGAGAAUACGUCGGCCUUGCUUGAGUUACGGGACCUUGAAGACGAGCUCAAUACCCUCGAGAGCCUGUUUAUCACCCAGAAGAAGGCUAUCGAGGAGAUGAGGAACAAAUAUGUCGAGAAAUACAACGAGGUGACCAAGUAUGGGCAAGAGUAUCUCAACGAAGCUCUUGAGUAUCUCCAAGAAUAUCUAGAGACUACCGAUGAGAUGAAAAAGCGUGUUCAGGCGACUCGAACAGAUUAUGAGAAAAUGCUAGAACUGGUCCAGCGCCAAGCUCAGGUUGACGAGGUGCGCUGGUCGCGUCUCCAGGCCGAGCUUGCGUCGAGCCAAAACCUCUCGGUAAUGAUAUUCACGACAUAUACUGUCAUUUUCCUGCCGCUUACAUUCUUCACUGGCUUGUUUGGCAUGAACACGAUCGAAUGGCAGGACGAGAAUAUCCCAAGCCUCAAGAAGAUCGGUGCCAUAUCUCUUCCAGCUUCGGUUGCUCUGAUCAUCUUAUCGUUGGUGGCCGCGUUCAACUGGCGUGUGCAGAAGACUGUCAAGGUGGCGUUUAAGCGCACGAAGAUGGCGUGGAAGAAGACCAAGCGUUUCUACCAGGAGAAGUUGGAGCCAGAGUCAAGAAAGGAGGCCAGGCGCAAGCGCAGGGAGGAAAAGAGGAGGAAGUUGCACGAGAUGAGGAUGUCAGGGGACAGCGACCAAGCUUACGACUUUUGGGCCAUGCUCAGACGACAGCAGCGCAACAUGCAGCACCAAAUUCCGGAAGUCAACCGUCACCAUCGGCCUCGAGGAGAAUGA